AUGGAAGCAUUCAAGAACACAUCCUCUCCUAAGGUCAUGACCAUUGCAGACUUAGGUUGUUCUUCAGGACCUAAUACCUUGGUUGCAGUCUCUGAUGCCAUUGAUGCAGUGGAGUCAGUGUGCAAGGAGCUCAACCAGAAGUCAUUGCCAGAGAUUCAUAUAAUGUUGAAUGACCUACCAAGCAAUGAUUUCAAUGGACUCAUUGGAUCAUUUGAAGACUUCAAAAGGAGUCACCCUUGUUUCAUCUCAGUGGCUCCUGGUUCAUUCUAUGGCCGCUUGUUUCCCACCCAGACAAUUCAUUUUUGUCCACUCUUCCACAUGCCUCCACUGGCUUUCUCAGGUUCCUCUGGAGCUCCAAAAACAGGGCUAAACAAAGGAAAUGUAAGCAUCUCCAAAACAAGUCCUCCUUUUGUAUUAGAGGCAUACACCAAACAGUUCGAGAGAGAUUUCUCGCAGUUUCUCAAAUGCCGAGCUGAAGAACUGAUUCACGAUGGUUGCAUGGUGUUUACACUGGUUGCAAGGAAAGAUGAAGAUCCCUCUGUUGAAGGUAUCUACCUCCACUGGGAGCUCUUGGCACAAGCACUAAUGGAUAUGGCCUCCCAGGGCAUUGUGGAGACGGAGAAAAUAGAUUCGUUUAAUCUGCCAUUCUACGCACCUACAUCAAAGGAAGUGAAGAAUGCUAUCAAAAGAGAAGGAUCGUUUGCCAUUAAAAGCAUAAGGAUGUUUGAUGUUGGAUGGGGUGAAGCAAGAGAUCAUGCCUGUGAACAUUGUAAGGUUGAAGAGAAUGCAACCACUGCUCAAAUAACGGUCAAGAGCAUGAGGGCAGGCUCAGAAUCAUUAUUUGUGAGUCACUUUGGAGCAGAAAUAAUGGAUGAACUGUUUGAGAGGUAUAGUAGCUUGAUGGAAGGGUACUUCUCUAUGUAUCCUGACGGUGGGCUUACCAACAUUUGCGCUUUUGUUCAGAAGAUUAAGUAG